AUGAAUUAGAAAAAGCGAUUAGCCAAGUAAAACCACAAAGAGUACAUCAAGUACUUGCAAGAUUCGCAAAAGGAAAAGAUUGAUCCACUUGAUCAGGACUUUUUAGCGUUUGAAUCAAUUUCAGAUUAAAAUGCCAGGUUGGCUGAGGAGUAGAAGAAAGAAACCAUUGUGGAUUUGGAAACUAGAAUCGCUUCUAAGUUCAACAGAGAAGAUGAGUACCCUUGGCUAACUGAUGACACGCUCAAAAUCAGAGAUGCCUAGAUAUUCUUACACAACGAGAUGCUGGACUUCAUGAGGUACUUUGAGCGAACAGACUAGGAUCAUGAACUUAGAAGAAAGGUUGUGGGGAAGAUCAGUAAUAUAAUAAAGGAAUGUUACCCUGAGUCUUAGGUGAUGAUAUUUGGUUCAUGUGCCACUGGACUAGAUCUUCCCAAUUCUGAUGUUGAUAUGCUAGUCUACUACCCUGACUAGAGAGAACAGACUAUGAUUAACAGACUCUCAGGGGCUUUAAUGAAGCAGAAGAUUUGUAAAUCAUUAGAACCCAUCAAGCAUGCUAAGGUGCCUAUUAUAAAACUGCAAGAAAAAGAGACUCUUUGUAAUGUUGAUAUCAGUUUUAACAGGACUAAUGGAGUCUACUGUGUGAAGCUAGUCAAAAAUCUGAUGCUAAAGUACCCGGAGUUGAAACCACUUAUGAUUGUCAUUAAAGCAUUUCUUAAGUGCAGAAAUCUAAAUGAAACCUACUCUGGGGGUGUCUCCUCAUUUUUACUAACAAUGAUGGUUACCAGCUACCUUUAGAUUUGCUAUAAAAAAGGAAAUACAGAUAAAACCGACCUAGGUAAACACUUAAUUGACUUUUUCGAACUAUAUGGAACUAAAUUUAAUUACGAGGAGAUAGGCAUAUCUAUUAGAGGUGAAGGGUAUUAUUUUAAAAAGAUAAAAAGAGGGUGGUACAAUUAUGAGGAGAAUAAGAAAGGAAGACUCUGCGUAGAGAAUCCUUAGGAACCCACUGUAGACAUUGGGUUCAAUGCUUAUAACAUAAAGAGAGUGCAAAGAGCAUUCUAGCAUGCCUAUGAUAGUUUGAUAUACAAUAAUUCCAACACAGUCAGCAUUCUCAAGCUUUUGAUUACAUCUAAUAUUAGUGAGUUCAGGUUAUAGCAAUAAUAAGUUGUUGACUUGCAGUGA